AUGCAUGAAGAAGAAGUGAAAGUGAGGAUUGGCACUCAGGUCAUCCCUAAAAGAGAUAGUUUCAAGUAUCUUGGAUAUAUUAUUCAAGGCAAUGGGGAGAUUGACAAGGAUGUUACUCAUCGUAUUGGAGCGAGGUGGAUGAGAUGGAGGCUCGCCUCGGGGGUUUUGUGUGAUAAGAAUGUGCCUCCUGGACUUAAGGGCAAGUUCUAUAAAGUGGUGGUUAGACCGACUAUGUUGUAUGGAGCUGAGUGUUGGCCCGUCAAGAAGUCCCAUGUCCAAAAGAUAAAAGUAGUUGAAAUGAGAAUGUUGAGAUGGAUGUGUGGGCAUACUAGGAAAAAACGGGAUUAG